AUGGCAGGAAGCAUGGUAGUUGUUAAACAACUAGAGGUGAUGAGACAUCUUGUGGGCUGGCUGUCGUUAGCUGUCUGCAUGUAUGGACUGAAUGCAGACUUGAUUCCCUAUUUACACCCCCCAGAGGAAGAAUUUCCUGCGCAAAACUGUACUUUUCCGUUCAUCUAUAAUGAGGUAGUCUACCACAGCUGCAUCUCUGUUCACAGUGACUUUGAUUGGUGCUCCCUUGAUUAUUAUUUCCAAGGAAGGUGGAGAUACUGCAAAGCAUUUGAUCCUCCAAUAUGUAUCUUCCCUUUCCAAUUUGGAAAAAAGUCCAUUAACGAAUGCACCAAGGAAGGCUACAUUUUGAAUCGGAGUUGGUGUUCACUGACUGACAACUACAACAGAGAUAGGAAAUGGAAGCAAUGCUCUCCUUACAAGUAA